AUGGAUAAUGACUUGGAAUUUUUAUUUAUUUAUUUAUUUAUCUAUCUAUCUAUCUAUCUAUCUAUCUAUCUAUCUAUCUAUCCUCGGUCUUAUGUUCAUAUCUAUCUAUCUAUCUAUCUAUCUAUCUCAUUCAGCUUAUUCGCAUCUAUCACUAUCUGUUUUACAUAUUUAUCUAUCUGUCUCUUUCAGCUUAUUCGUAUCUAUCUUUCUAUCUCAGUCUUACACGUCACUCUCUCUCUCCCUCUCUCUCUAUCUAUCUCUUUCCGCUUAUUCGCAUCUCUCUAUCUUUUCCUUCUUUCUCGUUUUCUUUAUUCUUCCUUUCGUUUCGAACCAUUCUCUCUUUUCGUUCUCUUCUUUUAUUCUACUUUUCCUUCUCGCCUCUUCUUUUCCCCCUUCUCCUCUCAAUUUUCCGCCAUUCAUUUAACAACCUCUUUCUCGUUUUCUUUAUUCUUCCUUUCCUUUCGACCUAUUCUCUCUUUUCCUCCUUUUCUUUUAUUCUACUUUUCCUUCUCGCCUCUUCUUUUCCCCCUUCUCCUCUCAAUUUUCCGCCAUUCAUUUAACAACCUCUUUCUCGUUUUCUUUAUUCUUCCUUUCCUUUCGACCUAUUCUCUUUCCUCCUUUUUCUUUUAUUCUACUUUUCCUUCUCGCCUCUUCUUUUCCCCCUUCUCCUCUCAAUUUUCCGCCAUUCAUUUAACAACCUCUUUCUCGUUUUCUUUAUUUUUCCUUUCCUUUCGACCUAUUCUCUCUUUUCUUCCUUUUUUUAUUCUUCCUUUCUUUUUCGCUUCUUCUUUCUUUUCUUCUCUCACUCCUUUAUUUCCUCCUUUACAUUUAUUUCUCCUCCUUUACUUUUCCUUUAUUUCGCCUUUUCUUUUCCUCUUUUUUUUUCUCUCUUCAGUCUCCUCCCCGCAUUCAUUUAACAACUUCUUUCUCUCUUUAAUUUCAAUCUCCUUCAUUUUCCCUCUUUCUCGUUUCUUUUCUUUUUUCCUUUCCUUUCGACCUAUUCUCUCUCUUCUUCCUUUUCUCUUAUUCUUCUUUUCGUUUACAUCUCUAUAUUUUCACUCUCUCCUCAUCGUCGCGUUAUUUACUCCGGCCGCCAUCUUUCUCACUGACAACCUACAAUGCUUUGACUCCAACCUCACUCUCUUCCGACACUUCACCUCCAAACCUUGCAUCGAACCAGGAUCAAUUACAUAA